AUGACCCAUGGCCCAGUCGCCGACUUUGACGUGAGCGAGAAGAUUGUCGCCAUCACUGGCGGAGCUUCCGGAAUCGGCCUCGAACUCGCCAAGCUGGUACUCGCGAAAGGCGCCAAAGUUCUGAUAGCUGACUUGCAACUCACCCCGGAAGCCGAGUCCCUCGUCGACGGGAAGACCGUGAUUUACCUCAAGACAGAUGUUGCCAGGUGGGCAGAGCUUGAGAAUAUCGUUACUGUUUCCAAGGAUGUUCUCGGCGAUGUUCCCGAUGUCUACGUUGCCGGUGCUGCGGUUUUUGAGCCGAGCUGGUCGAAUUUCUGGGAUGACACAGAGACCGAGUCUUACAGCUCUGUCCAAAUCAAUCUCAACCACCCUCUGAAACUCACGCGCAUCGCAUUGCGGGCUCUACUGUCGCGGAACAAGAAGGGAGUCGUUUUGAUUGUGGCUUCGAUGGCAGGAUACCAGGGCAAUUUUGGAGCGACCAUGUACUGUACAACUAAGCAUGCCUUGGUUGGGUUCACACGCUCGGUCGGCCAGUUGGACAGCCACGAGGGCGUCAAAGUGGUUACCAUCUGCCCGGGGAUCGUGGACACGCCGCUCUGGGAUACCAACCCAAACCUCAAGCAACAAUUCGGAUACCAUCCCAGACUUGCCAUCUCAGCGCGGGUAGCUGCAGAAACAGAGCUCGAGUUGAUCGAGAGUGGGAAGUACAAGGGCGGAACAGUCUUCGAGAUCUCGGCGCUGGGAGGGCGGAAAAUCCCAACUUACUUUAUCACUCCGCUAGGGUAUGAUCCGGAGCGUCCGCAGCAGGGGCAUAUUCUCAAGGGAGACGACACAAGGAAAUAUGAUCCGAUCUGGAAUGUUUUAGUGGUGGAGAGGGACUCGAAAUUGUAG